UUCACCAUGAAAUUCGUGGCCCUCGCACUGACCCUUCUCCUGGCCGUUGGCUCCCAGGCCCGCGCCCUGCAGGCUGAUGCUCCCUCCCAGCUGGAGCACUACAAGGCCGCCACCCUGGUCUACCUGACCCAGGUCAAGGAGUCCGCCAUGAGAACCCUGGACCACCUGGAUGGCACAGAGUACGAGCAGUACAAGCAGAAGCUGAAGGACACCAUGGAGAGUCUUCAGGGCUACGCCAUGACCGCCUCCGACUCUCUGACCCCCUACACCGACUCCUUCUCCACCCAGCUGCUGGACGCCACCAAGACCCUGCGCGAGCGCGUCAUGGCCGACGUGGACGACCUGCACGCCAAGAUGGAGCCCCACCGCGCCGAGCUGGAGGCCGUCCUGCAGAAGCACGUGGAGGACUACCGCAAGAGCCUGGAGCCCGUGUUCAUGGAGUACGCCGCCAAGAACCGUGCUGAGGUUGAAGCCCUUCAGGCCAAGCUGGAGCCCCUCGUGGAGGAGAUGCGCGGAAAGGUGGUCGUCAACGUGGAGGAGACCAAGUCCAAGCUGGAGCCCAUGGUGGAGGCUGUGCGCGCCAAGCUGACCGAGCGCCUUGAGGAGCUGCGCACCAUGGCUGCCCCCUACGUGGAGGAGUACAAGGAGCAGCUCGUCAAGAUGGUCGGCCAGGUGAAGGAGCAGGUGGCUCCCCACACCGAGAGCUUCUCGGAGAAGGCAGCGCCCGUCGUCGAGGACAUCAAGACCCGCGUCAUCAGCCUCUACGAGAGCCUUAUGGCUGCUAUGCAGUAAAAUGCCUUCUACUUCUACUACUGUGAAAGCCAUGCCAUACCCAGCCAGUGACUCUCUUAGCUCUCGAGUGCACACACACACACACACACACAAAGAGGGGUGCGUACACAAGUGCUGCCUGCUACC